UAACUGAAGUUUACUAAUAACUUUAUGUGUAAAUGUAACAGUGGAAACACAAAAAUUAAAUGAAAUCUGCACCAACAACUACAAAGAGAAUAAAACACAUAUUGGAAGUGAAAAAUAUGACAAGAUGUUACUCAUUGUACAAGUCUUAAAUCAUCAGGCAGAGAGUAUAAUGUUACAACCACAAUAGACAAUGGGUUUCACCAAGAAAUACUUAUUCUAUACACCGAAGAAAUAAUUUUUUAAAAUGUGCUAAUUUUACAAAUUUCCUUAUUUUGUUUCAAGAUGAAGACUUCAAGUCACAUUUUUUAUUUAACAUUGAUGCAGAUGAAAAUGUUGAAGGUUGACACGUUGGACAUAAAGUAAUAUCACACAGCAUCUGGCUCAGUCUUCCUGCACUGAAAGUCACAGAAGACGUUUCCUGUCACACAGAUCCACUAUAUAAAGAGCAGUUCCACUGAAGAACCAGCAAUCUGCACAUUUACUCAUCAUCAUGAAGCUGAUUCUGUCUCUCACUCUCAGCUGGAUGCUCUCCACUCCAGCUGAAGCUCUUCGUUGUUAUACAGGUCAGUACAGCACAAAGCUACAAACCUGUAACUCUGCUGAUGAGUGGUGUGCAACAGUUACCAUUCAAGAAACUACACAAAGUUACCCUCAAAGGCAAGGAACCAUCAGAUCCUGUGAGCCAUCUUCUGUCUGCGCUUUGCAAGGUCAGAUACAGUCCCACUCCAACUUUUAUGGGGCUUUUACUGCAUAUGUUCGUUGCUGCAGAACAGAUGGCUGCAACAAUCAAACUUUGCCCCACCCCAAGAUAGACAGGAAAAAAAAUGGCCUGCAGUGUGUCAGCUGCACUGAUGCUAAAGGUAAUCUGGGUGUCUGUAACAACGCAGUGCAGUGUGUGGGUGUGGAGGACCGCUGCAUUCAAUGGAACUCGUGAGUCUUUAUUAUACAUAUUGAUCACAAAAUAUGGUACUGAUGCCUUCAAGUGCUCCUUGUAAUUUCCUGUCUCAGAUUAUUUAAAACAUUAGUUGAAAACUCAGUCCUAAUAUAACAGUGGUUUUGUCAUCCACAGUCAUGGGACAUGAGAAGCGCAUCCUUCCUUAUCGUGGCUGUAUGUCUGCAAACGUGUGUAAACUUCUGUCUCAGCUGAAAAAUGGAUCUGUUUUGGUUAACCCUGGUGAUUUUA